AUGCUUUGUAUGACUCGGUGCUAAGCAGGACCGUGAAACAGCGCCAUGCAUGGCCUUCUUUUGCAAGUGAACAUUUUAGCCUACCAGGCUCUCUAAUCCCAAGUUCUUAUUACGGGUUAUUACUGUAUUCAAUGCGAAUGGUGACCGUAUUGUGGGGUUCCUGUGUGUGGUUUCUUAGUAAUGCAGUAUGCAAAUUAAACACACAGCACUUAAGGACGUCGUUGGUAUAAAGGCUUUGUUACGAGUUAAAAUGGAAACAAUCGGUGGUCUUUAAUUCACCAUGCGCUUAAGCUAAAACCAUAUACUUCACCGGCUAGCAACACCUAUUUACAAGCACUUUGUCUUGCCAGCGAUGCGCUAUUUGUCAUGUGCGCCUCGAUCAUAGCAUCUCGAAAUCGACGAGACGCAAUUUCAUCGCGUUUGCACUACUCCAGGUUCUAUUAGCGGUAGGAUGAGCGUGGUUUGGAACUUUCUUAGAAGAAUUGCUCGCAGGGAGCGAGGAAAAUCUCGCAUGCACGGAAAGAUUUCCACUCCGACAAACUUCCAACACCGGGUGCAUGUGAUCGUGGAUAAAGACACGGGACAAUUCAUCGGUUUACCGCCACAGUGGAUCGCGAUUAUGAACACAAAAACAAGACAGCCCGCACGACGAACCAUGUCGUCCCCCGAGUUACGCUCGCAUCCUGUCAUGAGAAAACAAAAUGGCGGGCUAAAAAGUGGUGCUAGUAAUGGUGGCGUAAAAAACAACUCGGCGGAGGCGAUAAUGGAAGCUCUACAGACCCCAGGAUCCCGUAGUAGUAUUGCUAACGACCAGGAUAUAGUCAUUGAACGGCUUAAACGAGAACUGCAGGAUUAUCGAGAGAAAAGCCCCGAUGAAUUUGACACGCCGAUAUCCAAUUUGGAUUCUUCUGAUAAUCGUAACGAUUCACACACAGUGUUCCAGCGAAAAGAAACAACGUUUUCGGCGGACGAAGAUGACGAUGAUAAUGCACAUGAAGAGGAUCAUAGGAAAGCGGUGAAGGUUCGAGCGGAGUCUGCGGUUUGAGUUGUGAUCAUUCGUUCACCGCAUGUAUACAUCUACUUUACUUAUAGUGUCUCACUUUGUACUGUACUUAAUACAACUUGAAGAGUUACUUCUGUAAAGAGAAGUGGAUGAAUUACAAGAUUAUGUGUUGGUUUGCACAUCAAUCUGUCAUCGGUGGCGAACGAUAUCUUAAAUCGCACAACGCCUCGAGAGCGUGCUUUGAAUAGUGAGUCACGCAAGGGCUUCACUGGAUUAAGAUACGAGUAGAUGUUCAUUGAAUAUUAUUGACAAGCACGAAACAGAAAGAAAGGCAAACGAAAAGUUUGUUUUGUCAUUUGAGGGAUCAUCCACGAAUCCGUGAACCCCAUCGAAGUGUCGCGAAUAUGAUAUACCCUAGAUUGUUUGGGGUUAUUAUGUACUGCAUAGCUCAACUAGAAGUCAAAGAUUCUCUAAAAACGUCGAACUAAAUACUAAAGAUAAAGUCCUCUUUUAACCUUACAUUCCUUCAAAUCUCAGAAGAAAUUAUAGACUCAAGGUUACUCUACUUGUUUCUACGCGAUAUCUAGAAAGUGCAUAUGUGGCAUUUCCUGCACGUUACUUGAAGGUAACUGUAAUUGUUUCUACUUGAUAUCCAAGAGAUAUGUGUUAUGACUACUGUUGUCAUCGAGUGUAUGGCCGUUAUCCCAACGCUGACGAUGUAACAUUUAAAUAUUGGAAUAUUUUAGCUUGUAAAGCUAAGUUGGUGCCUGGCGUACUUCUUGUGUCUCCUCCACUCGUAGUUGACGGUAAGAACUCUGGCCACCAAAGGAAACCCGAUCAGAGCGAGGGGGAAAAGGCUGUAAAGCUUGUGAUAGGGGGUCUAUGUGAGUGCUAAUUUUCAGUCCAGUGAACCUUAGAAGUAUUAAUUGGUUUACUAAACUUCUAAAUUUUUUUUUCACUAAUAUAUGUAAUGGAUGCCUGAAAGGUUCCCCCCAAAAGGUAUCUUGUCUAUUUUAAUCAAGAUAAGUAAUAUAGUAGUAUUAUAUAAGUAAUAUAGAAGAAAUUUUAAUUAGUGCUUAAAAGCAUCUCAUGAUAAGUACGAGUUGAAAAAAGAGAAGGCUUAAAUAUAUAUUUUUAGUAAGAUACUUUUUAGUAAAGCCCCGUAACAAGUCUAAUGUAAGAUAGUCAAUUAUUUAUGCAAAAGCUCAGCUUGUUGUAAAAUCAAUAAAAUCAGUGAUUGAA